AUGCUCACUUUUGCUUCGAAACGCUUGUACAACUGCUACAGAUCUCUAGCCAGCUGUCCUUUGCCACCCAGCUUCACUGGAAUGGCUAAAAUGAUUGUUCAACAGAAUGGAAACCCUUUUGCAGACCUCAAAAUCUCUUCAUGGGAGCCACUAAAAGGUGUGGAUGGCCGUGCAGAGUGUCCCGAGUGCAAACGCUCCCGCAAGUUCUUUUGCUACACAUGUUAUCGACUGGUAGGACUGAGCGACCCAGCUGUGAUUCCUCGAGUUAGACUCCCCUUAAAAGUGGACAUUCUGAAGCAUCCGCUGGAGAGAGUGGGUAAAAGCACAGCUGUCCAUGCCAGAGUGCUGGCCCCUGACGAUGUAACCAUGUACAUCCACCCCAACAUACCCACCUACACUGACACCUCCAAAUUACUUCUCCUCUUCCCCAAGAAGAUGGCCCUCACGACUGCUGAAGCUGCUCAAAUGAUGAGAGACUCUUCCCAACUGCCUGGCGCUGGUUCUGACCAAUCAGGAGCCUCCGUUGACCCAAAUCCAUGGAGUGGUUUGGAUAGACUGGUUGUUAUAGACUCCACUUGGAACGGAACAAAUGCAAUUCUAAAGGUAGCUAAACUAAAAAUAACUCAAUUUAUUGUUUCCAUGAAGGACGAGAGAGUAAAAGAUCUGCCUUGUGUAAAGCUAAGUGAAGCGGAAACGCAUUUCUGGAGACCUCAAAGAAGACAGGAUUCUAAACACCUCGCAACGAUUGAAGCCAUUUAUUAUUUCUUCCGAGAGAUGAACGAACUAAUCAAUGGCCGUAGCUACAGUGGUAUCUAUGACAAUCUGUUGUACUUUUAUGCGUAUCAGUAUGGUGUUGUGCAACAAGCUCAAAAGAAGCGAUUAGAAGAAUUAUGAUCAUUAAUUUUGAGUGUUUAAUUUUGUAACCAUGUAAAUAAAAUUGUACUGUAAAACCAUGUUAUAAUUAUUAUAGUACACAUAAUUAUUAUGCAUAAAAAACAUUGAUGUGCGUUCAAGUUCAAUUUUGAGUUCACACAUUCUCCACUUCUCUGAGCCACUGGAC